AUGGCGGCACUUCUGGGUGAUGUCAUCACGCAGGGCAUGUUGUGCGGUGACGGGGCUUUUGGGGGCCGGGGAUCCCUCCUGAAGCCCAGUGACCCUAGCAGUGGCUUGAGAGACAUUCUUGGAGGGGAAGGGACAUGCACAUUCCUAACCCCUCCAGGAUUCCAGCGGACCUUCUCAGCCUGCCCUGUCGCCCUCUCUGCAUCCCGCACUCGUGACCUGGAGCGUCUGGACGAUGCCUCCCUCGCCCCUCUGGUGGCCGCCGAUGGGAGCGACCCGGCAUGGCCCCUCCAGGGGGAAUGGGCCCGGGACGCCCAGCUGCCCCGCACCAGCCUGCAACGCAUCCCCUUCCGGGCGGACCGCUCGGUGAGCCUGAUCGAGGGGUGCCGGGGCGAGGCCAAAGCCGUCUCGGCGCGCUACAAGACGGAGCUGUGCCGCACCUUCGAGGAGAGCGGCACCUGCAAGUACGGGGCCAAGUGCCAGUUCGCCCACGGGCCCGGGGAGCUGCGGGGGCUCAGCCGGCACCCCAAGUACAAAACGGAGCCGUGCCGUACCUUCCACACCUCCGGCAUCUGCCCCUACGGCUCCCGCUGCCAUUUCAUCCACAACGCCGAGGAGCGCCGGCCCCCGCCCCGGGCCCCUCCACCGCUCCACCACAGCAUCAGUGCCGGGGAGCCCUUCCCUUUGGCCUCCCCGCCGUCUCCGCCUCCUCCCCCCGCCUCUUGCACUCUCUGCCUCCCCAACGGGGCGGCCGCCUUCCCUUGCGACGCCCUUGGGUGCUCGCUCUGCAAGGCCCCACUUGGCUCCUCGGGGCCGUUCCCCUUCCCGGGGCUGCUGCUGCUCCAGAAGAGCCUCUCAGCCGAUUCCCUCUCAGAUCAGGAAGACUCGGGGAGCUCCGGGGCCAGCAGCGGCUCAGCAUCUCCAGGCCUUGCCCUCGGCCGGCGCCUCCCCAUCUUCAGCCAUCUCUCCACCUCCGAUGACUGA